AUGCCGUGCCUCAAGGAUUUACAGUGCUCAAUCGAGCUUUCAGACAGCCAACAAACGCUGCAGGAAUUCGGAACUAGCUAUGGCGACGCCUUUGUGGAAACUUUCGUGCCAGUUCCCAGCAAGCCAGAGUCUUUCUCGAUACAUCUUACUUCUGACAAAUUCAUUGCGCCUGGCAUCGCAAUGUACGUGUUCAUUGACGGCGUAUAUCAGUGCAACCGCAACAGGCAAGACCUCAAACUGCGAAAAUCCUCCAAAAGCCGUUCACUAGUCGACUUCAGAGUUCGCCAAAAAGAGGAGAAACAGAAGGAUGGCUCGAUGAUUGCGCGCGAGUGGAAGUUCGAGAAACUCAAUAUUGUAUCAGCAGAUGAAGCACCUCAUGAGUGUUCUUCGGAUUUACUCGCUAACAUAGGGUGUAUCGAGGUUGUGGUACUGAGGUGUGCGGGCCCGCGCAAUGCCAAAACAGUGUCACCGAUGAACAUGGAUGGUGCAAACGAUGUUGCAGAUCAUAUGUUUGGCUUUGACGGUCCAUCCCAGGAGACUCCCAGCGACUCGAUCUAUGACGAUCGUCUGCCAUUUUCUAGUGGUAGAAGGAAACAUUCCGGUCCACCACCUCCGCUCCAUGCCUACCAGUCACCAUAUGCUGAGACGGUCCAAAGCCAUGCGCCCACUCAUAGUCAUCGUAGUCAGCGCUCCUUUAACGCGUCAAUACACCCUUCUCAUCAAGGCUCCCAGGCCCAAUUGAGACAUGGAGGAACCUCUGGUCCUGGCGCACAUGGAGCAAACAAAACACCGCUCUUUGGUGUUCAAUAUGGGAGUGGCCCUCUUCCACCUGUUGGAGAACCGUUCUAUCACAAUGCUCCCAGUGGUGCCAUAGCCAAUGUUCCUAUAAUCGAUCCCCAAUGGCUUGACAAGCUCGUGACAAAGGCUGUCAAGAAACGCGUUGAGGAAUCACACCGAGAUAUGGCUCCCUCGCGUAGCAAUGCUAUGCAAAGUCAGAAUAUACACGGCACAGAUGUCUCCAGUCGGACCCCAGGAGCAUGGCCUACAUCUCCAAACGAAGUCGUCAUCCAACCAGAGAAAGUAUUUCAAUCAGACCUGCCUAUUGAGGAGCAUAAUACCACACGAACUCUGUCGCAAGGGGGUUGGGUACAGCGACCAUCCCAGAGUAAAGCAGGUACUAAGGUUACAUGGAGUGACGCGGGACCAGCGUGGGACUCAACAGCGAGUGCUGAUGGGUGGAACACAAACGAAGACACGGCAACGGAGUCAUGGGAUACGGAUGAGACUUUUGAGAAAAAGGAAUCAAGCAGAUGGAAAGAGGAUGAUCGAAAAGCAAGAUCUCGCAGCACUCGCAGCAGGAGCCGCCGUACUUCCCGAGCUGUAUCUCCUCUCACAAUCCGUAUAAAAAGUCAAAGCCAGUCGAAGGAUGGCUUUUCCGUAAGACUUCGGUCAAAGUCGCGCUCUCGGCGCUUCAGGGCGGAUGAGGAUAUUCCUUCCUCUUCCGAGGACAAAGAUGGCUGGACGCAUGAUGAAACUACAUCUUCGGCUGCAGAAGAUAGCUCAGAUGAUACGAUUCAGCCUUCACACUCACAGAGCCAGGUUCACACGAUACGAAGCCGAUCUAAGGCACGUUCGCGCGGAUCCAAGUCUACCCGCAAUGUCAAGAGAAGGCCAUCUGAACAUUGGGAUGCUAUCCAGGAUUGGCAGACACAGCUCAACAACGAACCCGCCUCUUCUGUCCAGAAAACAGUCACACCCCAAACAAUGGACUUCUCGACAUCAAUAAAUACAGGUGAUUUUCAUGGUGCACCUCUUAAUGUGGACUUUGUCCCUAGUCCUCUCCCGCCUGCACCAUAUGCACCCACUGUGCCAGAUCUUGCAAUCCAUAAAGGCUACACGAAACCGUUCGAAACCCAGUCUGCAGUUUCUUCCAUAUGGAGCGGUGAACCAAGAGGCAAACAAGCCAACGACUUCUGGGAAGCUGUACCAGGAAAAGAGACCGGUUGGGAAAGCAUUGGAACUGAUGGUUGGGACACUACAGAUACGGAUAAAAAGGUUGAACACGGGUGGCAGACUACAGCCGAGAAGCCUAAGAGUACCUCAUAUGCUAAGAAGAGUGCCUGGGCCGGUGAUUCGAAUGCCAAAAACAAUGAAUGGGGAACAGAUCUACGCGCGGAUGAUCAGAUACGCAAAUCUGGGAGCCUUGCGAGCUGGAACACCAAGAAAUCAGGAUGGGAAGCAACAGAAAUAGCCAGUCUCCUUCCAUUUCAGCAGAAGAAGUUUUCUUGGGACCAUUUGGACGCAGAAGAUAGCAAGAAAACGGGACUUCAAGAGCAAAAGACAGUCAUAUCUUGGACUACAGUGGGCCCAGCCCAGGACAAGCAAGACAAAGCCAUCCAAAAAGCUACAUCGACAUCUCAACGCCACAGCAACAAAUCCCUCUCCAAGUACAGACAGCUUCGCUCCGCAUCUGACAUAGGUCCCAAGCAACACUGGCAGUUCCCACCGCCUCCACCAGAAAAGAAACUCCACCACAUUUCCGAACACAACCAUGGCUCAUACAUCGCCCCCGAGGAACCCUUGCUCAAAAUUCCCAAGGAAUUUGCCAGUGAAAAGGGCAUAGAGCACCAAGUUCGAGCAGGAAAGGGUAUACAGUAUGGCCAUGUCGUCGGUCGACCAGAGUACCUAGACACUUUGGAUAAACCUUACGCAGUAUUCCGGUUCAAAUACCGUUCCCGCUCUACCCUCCGCUCCCUCUUUGGCAAAACCCUCAUUCCACCCCACGGUCCACUCACGCUCCCAACACGUGGUUCUGCACUUGCAGAUGCAAAGCACAAACUGAAGAAUAUACCACAGGACGAGCUGAUUGACAAGAUGCUCAAGCUGCAGGAAACGUUAGCGGAAAAAGGGUAUACAAGAGAUGAUCGUGAGAAGAAGGAGAAGCAGAAACGGAGAGAGAAGGAGAGGAGGCCAAGUGUGUCGGCAGCCACGGAAGUCGCAGCCAGAGGUUUCACGGAGAAGUGGGUGGAGAUGCAGAGUAGGGAGACGAGUCUGAAGGGCAAGAAGGAGAAGAGCGAGAAGAGCGAGAAGAAGAGGGAAAAGGAACGGCAAGGGAAGAAGGUAGAGGGGUGGGGAGAGACCAAAAAUGCAGAGAUCUGGGAGGGCGUGAAGUGGUAA